GGCGUGUACAAAAUAAUAUUCAUCACUCUACAGCAAAAUUGUUUUUUUUUAGACGCUAGUAACUUCCACAUUGGUGACUCUGAAAAUGAGAGUGUCAUUCACCAGGUACUCUUUACCCUCUUCAGGGUUGUAGAGAUCUGAGUGGGAGAUGAAUUCAUCUAAACCCCAUCCUGCUGCGUUAGCCUCACCCCCAGUCACUCUUUGGAAAGCUUUGUCACGUUCAUCUGGAUCAGUGUGGUUAGCUAGUGCUCCCUCAUACUUUUCUCCUCCCUCUUUCUGGUUGACCAGUUCAACUGUGAUCUCUCCUUUUAACGGCCACUUGAGAUGGGAAUCAAACUCUCCCUUCAUCAUGUAGACAAAUACACUAACAUGAGUACCUUUACCACUGGCCCAUCCAUUGGCAUAAAUACAAAGGCCCAUCUUGUAGCCACCAACGUGGGAGUAAAAAGCUGGACUAUACCAGCGUUCACCACGUUUUUUACAUCCCUCGAAGUCAGUCAUGUUAAUAUCAGGGGGUUGAUUGAAGAUAGGCUUGGGGGAAAUUUUCGCAAUAACCAGCUUCAAAUAGUUGAGUUCAGCUCCAACUGUUUUGCAUUUGACAGCAGUCAUUUCCAAAUGUUCGUCUUUGCUCUCUUCCAAGUGGUUUUUCAUUGAUUUUUGCUCAACUAUUUUGCGACAACCGGCAAAAGCGAAACUUGCAAGGAUUUUUUUCCAGAAGACAUUCCUCUUGGAGAUGACAUCGACGAUCAAUUUCAUCAGUUGAACAUUUGUUGGGGCAAACCUUGGGAUAAUGCUGGCAUUUUGGCUAAUG